AUGGGAUCUAACUUUGAAAUCGAUCUGGAUCGGGCAUUGAUACCUGAUUAUGAACCAAAAAUAAUAUCAGAUCAAGGAGAAUCACAACAAUACCAACAACAACAAUUUAAUGAUGAUGAAUUUCAAUUUGAUAAUUACCAGGCUUCACAUGAGAUAGAUGAGUCUCCAUUUUUGAUUCAAAAUCCUCAAUUUGGUCAAAUCAAUUCAAAUUCAACACAUGCUAUUUCAAAUACAGUAACUACAAAUACUACAACUGCAAAUCAAAAUGAUGGUACUCUCAAUACAGAUAAUAAUACCACACUAAUUCAAUCAUCAGCACCAGCAACUCCUCCAAAGCAACAAUUACCUAGAGAAACUAUUCAACAACGUAGACUUACCUCAAAUAAUACUACAAUUGAUGAAAUCAACACUAUAAGGAAAAGUUUAGCUACAGAUUCUAAAACUCCAACUGAAUAUACCUUACACAUCUUGUUCACACAAUUUGUUAGACAUGCUGAAAGGAAACUAAACGUUUGUCUUACAUAUCCAUUAAACACUGAACCACCAAUCAUGGAUCUAUUAGCUGAAGGUAUUGAUCCAAAUUUUGAUAAAAUUAUUGCUUCAUUAGGUUAUAUCUCCAAGAAUAACCCUAAACCAGUUAUUGAUUCAGUUAUGUUUUGGAGGAAAUCAAAAUCAGAAGUCGCGGCAAUGGCUGCAGAUGCUGCAGAAAAAUCAUUAAUUCAAUUAAAAGAACAUAAAGAAUCAAGUAAUUUUAGAAAACAUACUCAUAGUUCAAGUUCUGUUAGUAAAUUCUCUCACAAGAGAAAUAAUUCUUCAAAAUCAACUGUUAACGUUAUAGAUUCAAGACUAGGUUACUUGGAGCAACAGGUGCAACAAUCUCGUGAUACUGCUAUUCAAGGUGAUAGAAAAUCAUUAAUUAGUAUUUAUAUCUUAUGUCGAGUUUUAAUUGAAGUUGUUAAACAAUUAAAUCCAUCAGCCACGGGUGAUGAUUUAGGUGAUAAAUUAGAAGAAAUUGUGUUUACUCAGUUGAGAAGUACUGAUCCAAUUCUAAUUUCUUCCUCAAUUAUCAGAUCUGCUAAUUGGAAUUUAUUUGCUGAAUUAUUAGGUUAUAUGUCAGAUAAAAGAUUUCUAAGUGUUAGUGAUCGUUUCAUUGCAGAUUUAGAAAAAAUACCAGCCGUGGUCCCCAAGGAAAUCGAACCCUCAAUUCAUUUAUUAAUUCAUGGUAUGAGAUAUUUAAAAUUGAAGAAUUAUCCAUUAGAAGAUUUUGAAGAAAGUGCAGAUUUUAUUCAAUCAAUUGCCAAAUUUUUCAGUAUUACUAAGAGUCAUUCCAUAAAAAUUGCAUAUUCACAAGUUUUAACACAUAUCUUAUUACCUUUAGCUGAUACUUUAACUGCUGAAGUAAAUCAUCCAACUUGGUCAGAGGCAAUCAAUACAAUUUAUAAAACUUGUGAAACUAUUGAAUUAAACCCUAAAAGCUGGUUGACAAAUUUAACUCUAAUUACAUCAGUAUUAUGUGUUGCACCAAGUGAAUUAUUUUUAUCUCAAUGGUAUGAUCUUGUUGAAUCAAAUAUUAGAAAUUUAAAAUCUAAACACGCAACUUUAGAAGAGAAAAUCAUAAUUGUAACAUGUAUUUCAAGGUUAAUUUGGGUUUAUAUUUUUAGAUGUACUGAAACUUUAAAUAACACUACUAGGAAAAUUGAAACAAUUUUUAAAAAUAUGUUUUUGGGUAAAAAUAAACAAACUUGGAUGAUAUCUGAUGCUUCUUUGAUUUUACCAUGUGUUCAAAUGUUUAGAGCUAUUGGAUUUGCAGGCUAUAAUCAAACGGUGGAAAAUUUCAUAAUCCCAUUAAUUAAAGCUACUUUCAAUGGCCAUAGUUUGGAUAGUAUACAACAUGAAAGAGUUAUAUUAGCAAUCAAGGCAUAUACAUCAAUGCUUGGUGAUAAAGAAAGACCAGCAUUCCCGGAAGAUACAGAUAUUGUCUCACAUCCUGAUGUUGAUAUAGAUAUCAAAUCAAGUAAUCAUGAUGAGAUUGGUAAAUAUGUUGAUGCUUUGUUAAUUUUGUUGGAUUCAUCUGUCGGUGCAUCUAUUGAACAACAAAAUGAUCAACAACAACAACAACAACCAAGUACUCCAUUUUAUUAUAGUGCUAAAUCCCCCUUUAGCAGUUUUAGAUUCGGUUCAGAUAUGUCAAUACAAUUGAGUAAAAGUUUACAUUCAGAAUUAUUUGCUGUUGUUUUAGAAUGUGUUCCUUGGUGUGCACCAGGUCCUUCAAGGAAAAUUAUUGAAUUACUUUGCAGGAACUCAUUACAUAGUGAUUUUAGAGUUUCAAGUGCUGCUUCAAAUUCAUUGAAAAUAAUGGCAUCAAGAAAAAAUCCUAAUGGUUUAAUUACAAGUUUUGCGAAAUUUGCAUUUAAUUUCACUGAAAGAUCAGGUUAUUCACAAAGCUAUAUCAUUUCGAAAGAAUUAUUAAGGUUGUAUUUAGAUCUAUUAGAAUGUUGGUUGAAAUCAUUACAAAGUAAAAAUGAAGAUGAAGAAGGUUUAAAUGAUGAAAAUUCUGAUAAUAAAAUUGUUGAUGAAUUACAAUGGAAAAAUACUAUAACUGUUAUUGAAGAAGUUGAAGGUCAUGGAUUAUUUUUCCUCUCAUCACAGGAUUUUGAAAUCAGAAAAUUAGGUUUAAAUAUCUUGAGAAUUACUGAAAACUUUGAUCAAGCUCUUUAUGAUCAAACUCAAACAAGAGCUAAGCAACCAACAAAAGGAAAUCAUAAUAGAUCUAACUCAAAAUUUGCAGCUGAUAUAGGUACAAGAGUUAUAUUCAUCUUACAAACCACGGAUUUUUUCAAAUUGAUAGGGUCACAUAAACAAUAUUUAAGUGUUGCUGAACGUUCAAGAUUAUCAAAAUUAAGUCAAAAACAAAGAAGAGAUGUAUUAUUAAGACUUGCAGAAUCUGAUUAUGGUAUUGAUUCCGCAUUAUGGUUUAGAGUUUUCCCUAAGUUAUUGAGUAUAUGUUUUGAAAGAUGUCCAAUGACAAUGGCAUUAACAAGAUCAAUUGUCUGUACAAGAUUAGUUCAAAUUCAUGAAUCAAUCUUAAACAUCUCUGAAACUCCAAGAUCAAAUCAAAAAUCUAAUUAUGGUCCACCUGAAGUUUUAAUUGAACAAUGGAAGUUAUAUCUGAUUGUUGCUUGUACAUCGUUAACUUCAACUAGUGAACAAAGACUUCAUAUCCCAGCUAAUUAUUCCCAUGGUAAAAAAAAAUUACAACAAUUACUUACUAUUCAACAUAGUACAAUUACAAGUGCAAGAAGUGUUUUCAAACUUACGUUAAAUUUACUUAAUGGGUAUAACCAAGCUGUUAGAGAUGCUAUUAUCACAGGUUUGAGUUGUAUGAAUAUAAACAUUUUCAGAACGUUUAUUGAAUGUGUUGAACCAAUAUUUACUCAAUGGGAACAAGAAUUAGGUAAACAAGUUCAUUCAAAAGAUAGCAGAUUAAGAGUUGAAGUUACACAUGUUCUGAAUAUAGUUUCCAGAUUCAUUGAAGAGGAAAGUAUUUCACAAGAUGAAUGGAUUGUUGAUAAACUUGUUGGGUUCAUAAAAGUUAUUAAAUCAUUCUUAUCUCAAUACGAAGUGCAACAUAGUUUUGAAUUUCAAAAAUUACGUCGUUAUUUCUGUGGGUUAUUAGAAAAUGUUUAUAAUGGUAUACAAAAAAAUGGUGAUGCAUCAAAAUGGCUACCAUUUGAAGCUAGAGUUGCAUGUUUUACAUAUCUGGAAGAAUGGUGUGGGUAUGGUAAAUAUUCAUCGAUUGCUAAACAAAGAUAUGCACAAAUGACAAAACAUGUUACAAACUCUCAAGAAUUAGCAGCUUUGAAUUCUGCUAUUGAAUUUGAAAGACAAAUUUUAAGUAUUGCAGCUACAAAUUCCAUGGUUGCCUUGUUGAAUGGUAAAAUUCAUGAAUUGAGAGGUCAAACAAUGUUAAAAUUUGAUCUUCCUGGUUUAUUAUCUUGGAUUGAUUUAUUAUUUGGCUCGCCAAAUGAAAGAAUUUCUUCAUUAGCUAAAAAGGCAUUGAGAAGCCUUUUUAAAUUCAAUUCUCCUGAUCCUGAACUUUAUCGUGAAGUUAUGAAAAAAUGUGUUUUUGAUCAAAUUUUACCAACAAUUGAAAAUUAUUAUGUUGUAUUGGUUGAAGCAUUAUUAGAAAAUGAAUCAUACCCAAUUAAAAAUCAUGAAGUUUUAUUGCUGGGUCUUUAUGGAUGCUCUUCGAAUAGUUUUGAAAUUCGCUCCACUGCUAUCAAAUUACUCAUCAAUGCUGAAAAAAAAUUGUUUGGCUCAGAUGUUGUCAAUGCAUUCAGUGAAAGAGUCAUGAAUAAUAAUAAAACUAUUUAUAAAAGAGCUGCAUUAGAUGUAUCUACAUAUUUUGCUUCAUCACAUCCAGAACAAAAUAUCUUUUUAAUCUCUGAAUUAACAAUGUAUUUUCAACUAAUUAAUUCUGAAGCAAGAAGAGAUCUUUUGGCCAUUUUGAUGCCUUGGUUACAAACAGUGGAAUUGAAAAUCACAGAUGAUGGUAUUGAUAUUGAAUCUUAUAUGGUUUUAAGUAAUUUGUUUGAAAUCACUAUCAAAUUUUCAGAUGCAAUGCCAACUGAAAUUGAAGCAUUAUGGAUCUCACUAGGUAACGGUGCUAAUCUUGCAAAUAUAGAUUCAAUUUUGAAAUUUUCAAUCAAGGCUACAUUACUUAAAAGAAAUCCACUUUUCGUUGAAUUUGCAAGUAAAGUACUUGUUUAUUUAUCAGCUUCUAGUUUAAAGCUCACAGAUACUCUGGUUUCGUAUAUUGAACCUAAAGCUAUGGUUCCACCUCAACUUUCAAAUGGUGAAUUACCAACAAAUGAAAUUGGUUUACCUUAUAUUGCAAACAUUUGGAAAACUCUAAAUUAUACAGGUAAAGAUUCAGUUUUUUCAUUAGGUCAACUUUCAUUAAUAUAUUUGGCAGAUUUAAUUGUUGUUCCAAAAGAUACAUUAACUGCCAAAAUUCCAUUGUUAUUACAUACAUCAUUUGUAUUAUUAGAUCAUUAUUUACCAAUUGUUCAAGAGUCUGCUGCAAAGAUGAUUAUCUAUGUAUUGGGGACAGUUGGUCCACAUCCAAAACUUGAAGAGACCAAGGACAUUAUUAGAAGAAAUCACAAAUCACUUUGGAUUUAUGACGAUUUAAAUCAUGACAAGAAUGGUGCGCGUUCUCCAAAAGAUAUGGAUCUGCUGGUCAGAAAUAUUUUGGAGAUUUUUAAUGCUUCAGCUCCUAAUUUACAACAAGAUUGGGGUAGGGUUGCAUUAUCAUGGGCUACAACUUGUGCUGUUAGACAUAUUGCUUGUCGUUCAUUCCAAGUUUUCCGUUCUUUGUUAUCAUUCUUAGAUCAAUCAAUGUUAAAAGAUAUGUUACAUCGUUUAUCAAAUACAAUUUCUGAUGAGACUCAUGAUAUACAAGGUUUUGCUAUGCAAAUUUUGAUGACUUUAAAUGCUAUUGUUUCGGAAUUAGAUGCUGAAAAACUGAUUGAUUAUCCCCAAAUCUUUUGGGUUACUGUUGCUUCAUUAAACACAAUUAAUGAACAUGAAUAUGUUGAAUUAUUAUCUGUUUUGAACAAAUUUUUAUCCAAGAUUGAUUUAGAUUCUGAAGAUACAGUGGCAUGUUUAUUUUCUACAUUCCCACCAAAUUGGGAAGGUAAAUUUGAAGGUUUACAACAAAUUAUAAUGAUUGGAUUAAGAUCAUCAGUUUCAUUAGAAGCAUCACUUCAACUAUUAGAUAAAUUGAAUAAAUUAAGUGAUAGUGAAAUCAUUGCUGGUGAAUCAAGAUUACUAUUUGCCCUAUUAACUAAUAUUCCGAGAUAUUCAAAUGCUUUGGAAAAAGGUGAUAUAACUCCACAAAUUCAAGAAUCUACAAAUACUUUAAGAGAAAUGGCAAUGAAGAAUAAUCAACCAAAUUUAGCAAGAAUUAUUGAUUCAUUAUCAAAAAAUAGAUUUAGAACUAAAAGUGAUUUCUUAAGUCAAACUGUUAAUUUCAUUGCAGAAAAUUAUCUUGCUGAAUAUAGUGGUCAAACUGUAAUUUUCCUUUUGGGAUUAUUAUCAAAUAAGACAGAAUGGGUUAAGAUUGAAACCAUGAAAUUAUUGAAAUUAUUAUUCCCAAAAAUCAAUUUAGCAGAACCUCAAUUUCAAGGUUGCGGUGCUGACUUAAUUUCACCAUUAUUAAGAUUAUUACUCACACCUUAUGCACAACAAGCAUUGGAAGUUCUUGAUGAAACAACAAGUAUUUCUGGUAGUAAAUUAGAUAAAGAUAUCUUAAGAAUGAGUUUAGGUAAUAAGACUAUAAGGAAAGAUUAUGAAAAAACUGCAACAUUAUUUGGUAUUCCAGAGGAAAGUGGUUGGUCAAUUCCAAUGCCAGCAGUUACAGCAGCAACAACAAGAAAUAAUGUUCAUGCAGUUUUCACAACAUGUAGAACAGUUGUUGAAUCUGAAAUUCCAGAGGAAGAAGUUGAACAACAAGAACAAAUCAAAUUUCAUAGAGAAGAUUAUAACUAUGGUCAAUCGAAUAAUGAAGCACAAGAUGCUGCUUCCAUUACUGAGGAAAAUGAUGGUUCAUUAAGUCAUAUGUGGGCAGAAUUAGAUAAUUUAGAUUCUUUCUUCACAAAAGAUGCUGAAAAUUCUUCAAAUUUUUCAGAUAAUACAAAUGGUGCAGGUCAUCAUUUCCGUUCUACAUCAAUUGAUACAAGAUUUAGUACAACUGAUCAAUUAGCACCAUUUGAAUCAGCACCACAAGUUUAUGAUAAAAAAGUUUCUGUUAUUUUGAAUAGAAGUUUAGCAAGAACUCAAUCUAAUACAUCUUUUAAAACUUCAUUAGCUGAUUCAUUCGGGAAUAGUCCAAUGAGUGAUACAAGACAUUUAAGUGGUAUAUCAUCUCGUGAAGCUUUUUUAAGAUCAAGAGGUGAAUUAGUUAGUUCAUCGGAAAAUAGUGGUUCAUCAACUCCAACAUCACCAACUUUUCCUAAAGAGGAUUCAUUUAGAUUUGAAGGAUUAUUAGCACAACCUGCACAACCAAAACCAAGAAAAAGAUUAAGUAGGUUUUCACAACCAGAUUAUAUCAUGAAGAUGAGAUGA